GUUUCUGUGGUGGGUUCAGUGGAUGGCCCCAGAGGAAGAGGCCAGAUGGAAAUUGGGUCCCAUGACCGCCUGGAUGAAGGCGUGUUAAACCAGGAACUGUCUAAUGGGCUUAGCAAACAUGCAACAAAUGAAGAAAAUAUUUGUGAUGAAGAAGUCAGAGGCGUGGCCAGGGAGCAACAUCAGCACAACUACCACGAGGGAGCUGGAUGUAUUUCCCAGACACUAGGUCGGGUCCCUGAGCAUGCUGGGAAGUCAAAUCCUGAAUCUCAACAGGGUGCUUGGAGUGGCCAAAAUGUCAGUACACCAGUGAAUGAUGUGGAUAUGGAGGAUGCACGAACCCUGGUGGCCUUUUCUGCUACUGUUGGCUCACUGCCACCUUACACCAACCAUCAACCUUCUGAGACUCCUACAGCUCAGCUGUACGAAAGGUUCAAUCAGGAAAUGUCUAAUGGAGGUGAGGAGGCCAGACAGAAAGGUGUGGAUGGUGAGUUGUACCCCCCUGAAGACCUAAAUACUCUUCAGGCAGCACUGAGCAAGGCCCGUCAUGGCCACAAGCCCCCUAACUGUGAUUGUGAUGGCCCAGACUGCCCUGACUACCUGGAGUGGCUGGAGAAGCAAAUCAAAAUGGUGGCUAACUGUCAGGAUAAAGGUUCCUGUAAAAUUUCGGGUGCUCCUCUACAGCCACAUGCACAGCAUCGUAAUGCCCAAUCCCAACCUCAACAAUGUGGAGGUAACUCCUUAUGUGUGCAAGACACAAAUCCACAUCCCCAUGUUAACCAGCCUUCUGCUCCUAGACCCUUUGGCCCACCAGCACCUAUUCCUUGCUCCCCUAGUGUUCUGUCAAUAGCCAAGGAAAGAAAUGUUAGCUUGCAAACAGCAAUUGCAAUUGAGGCUCUGACCCAGUUGUCUGCCACUGACCCACAAACUGUUGUUCCUCCAGGUGAGUCUUCACCUGCAAAUCAUCAUCAGCAUCUGCCAACCUCCUAUCCUCAGAGUAUGCCACAAGUGGUCUCUACAUCACCUGGUCUUCUUUUGUCCUCCUCUGCCACCUCUGCUAUGACACAGUCCAUCCCUCCAGGUCAUUAUCCUCAACAGGAGAUUUCAUGGGAUCUGCAGAGACCUCAGUCUCAGGGGGAGUCCCCUGCACCUAACAUUUUGUCUAGCCCAUCUCACUAUGCUUCCACAUACCCAUCCUCCAAGUCCCCAUUUACAAGCGUACACCCAUUAACCCCUAAUCCCCGACCCCAGCAGUGGAACCAGGGCACAGCUGGAAGCUGCGAGAAAAGCUCCCCUCGGAACGCAUGGAUGAUGGUGAAUACUGAUUCCCAGCCUCGUUUUGUAA